ACAGCCUAAACUUACAACAACAUUGCUGUAGCAAUUUCUCAUUCUCUUCUUCCUUGGGAUAAUUACCAUCUGCUUCUUCUGAUUAGUCAAUGACCAGGUUGAAUUUUUAAGUCCAACAUGUCUUGUUCAUCUUUUCCUACUUUGAUUUGCAGAGUCCGGUACUCUCAAGGUGAAACUUGUUUUAUUGAAUCAAAAGCUUUGGUCUUGGAGUUGUUUGUGAAAUUGACCAUAUAUGGAAGAGGAAGACAGCUUUAGUCGGUUGCCUGAUGAUUUGCUCAUCAGAAUCUUGUCCUUUGUCCCAAUCAAAGAAGCCGUGACUACGAGCAUUUUUUCAAAACGAUGGCGUCCUCUUUGGAAAUUGUUGCCAAGGCUGAAAUUUCGCACCGUGUAUUAUAAGGCCGAUGACUAUUGGAGAUGGAGAUUGUCAUCGGAUUUUGUCUUUGGGACUUUGCUGUCAAAUAAGUCACCAAUUCUAGAAAGUUUUCAUCUCAUCAGAGAUUCUUCUACAUGGAGCCCUUUGCAGAUUGCAUUGUGGGUUAGCUUUGCAGUUGAUCGUUAUGUGCGUGAUCUACUGCUAGAUUUGAGCUCGGGGCCUAUAAGAUUGCCGAGUAAGUUGUUUAGAUGUGAAACACUCGAGACCUUGGAACUAGAUGGUAUGAAAUUAUUGGAAGUUCCUUCUCGGGUUAGUUUUCAAUCCCUUAAAAAGUUGUGCCUUAUCUGUGUCACGUACCCAAACGAGGAAUCUUUCGUCAGGCUUAUAUCUAGUUCCCCUGUUCUUGAAGAUUUGCUUCUGCUGAAUCCGGAUGGCGACAAUAUAGAGAGACUUUUACCAUUAAUGUGCCUUCCCUUCAGCAUUUAACCUUUAGUACAGAUGUGAUAUCUAAUAAGCUGUUUGUUUGUGAUACAUUGUCAUUCUUUGAAAGAGUUGCAAGUGGGAAAUGACUAUGGUGAAGUACAUUUUAUUGGUGAUAUAAUGCCCGAGCUUGUGAAGGCAAAUUUUUGGAUUUGUGAUAGCAAUGUUUUCAAGUCUCUUACCUCUGUCAAACUUCUUCGUCUGACCUUUCCAGACUAUAAGGCCCCGUAUCAUUGUGGUACCAUUUUCUCUCAGCAGCUUGUGUGUUUGGAGUUCUGCGGACGAUGUUACAACUGGUGGAAUUUGCUUGUAAAUGUGCUCCAACAUUCCCCUAGACUACAGAUUCUCACGUUAGAAGAUUGUUAUAGUGAGAAUGUGUGGGGAGAUAGGGAAUUUUGGAUUCAGCCGAGUUGUGCUCCUGAAUGUUUGUACCAUCUCAAAACCUUUGAGUGGAUAAUGUAUCAAGGAAGUCCAAUACAAAAAGCCAAUGUGAUAUCUAAUAAGCUGUUUGUUUGUGAUACAUUGUCAUUCUUUGAAAGAGUUGCAAGUGGGAAAUGA